AUGAUUAUUUCAAACUUCAUCCAAUCCCUUAUUGCAGUCGCUAUGGCCCUGGGCUCCGAUGCCACUCCACUGGACGUACGUUCUCCUCAAGAUCCAGGGACGCUAUUCAAUGGUACCCUCUUCGUAUGCGCCUUCCCGAACUAUGUUCUUCCUUGCGCCAACUUCAACUAUUCCACCGACGUCUGUGUCAACCUCACAGUACCUUUCAUGAACUCUACAGCAAGCGCGACCCCUCGUGAUACGUUUAGCAUCUGCGCCUUGUUCACGGGCCCUAACUGCACAGGAAGCAGUAUCACUGUAUCGUAUCCCGGAAAUAGCAACAUAAAUCCCCCCACUUACGCGUCAUUCCGAUGCACCAUUCCGGUAUAG